GAGAACAUAAUUCACAGUAUUUCAUGUUUUCUUCGUCUAAUCUUAAUUCCUCCGAAAUCUGGGUCUUGUGUUGUGUUGUGUUGUGUUGUGUGUGUUACCGCAGUUUUCUGUUGUUGUUUUUCUUUUCAUUUUGAUUUUGAUAAUUGAUGGAUAAGGGAAAAGAUGCAAAAGCAUUAUCAAGCUCUUUGCAGAACCUCGAUUUGAAUCCAGGAUCCAACAUCAACUCCAAGCCCUGUUCCUCCUCCGUUACCUUCACCAACACCCAGUUUUCCGGAUUACUACCUAUAAAAUCAAAGCCUCCAAGUUUAGUCAGCCUCUGCAUUGGAUUUAUUGGCAGACAUUUGGAGGAUAUUAUUGCAGAUUUGGCUGAGAUUGCUGUCAACUUGCCACCUGAUAUCAAGAUGGCGGUGGCAGCUAUUGCUAGACGAAGAAAGUUGCUGAAUGAUGAUGUCCUGAUUGCAUUAGCUGAUACUUCCUGGGAUAUCCUUGACGUCUCUGGUUCAGAUGUUUCUGAUUUUGGCUUGAUAAAAGUAGCUGAAGUAUGUCGAUCCGUUAAAGCUCUGGAUAUAAGCCGGUGCACCAAAAUUACUGCUACUGGCAUAUCUGAAUUUGUGAAUCGCUGCCAUUUAUUGGAGACAUUGAGAUGCGGAGGGUGUCCAAGGAGUGACAAAACUGCUCGGAGAUGCUUUAGUAUAUUUAAACCAAGGCUAGAGUAUGUGGAAGAGGAUUCAUGGGAGGAGCUUUAUACGAAAGAAAUUGCAAGUGGCGCACAAUCACUCAGAUGGCUAGUAUGGCCAAACAUUGAUAAGAACUCGUUAGAGGACUUCUCCACUGAGUGCCCUCGUAUUGUAGUGAAUCCUAAGUCUCCCUUUGGGUUUAAGGGAACCCAGGUGCCUUGGGAAGCAUUACCAAAUAUAACCCUGGAUGAUGGAGUUGUCAAGGAUAUUGAUCCCGGAACAUGGACAAAGCAUGGGAUUGCUAUGAGACCCAUCAUUCCACCAUCAUCUUCAAGUUCCACUGAAUUAUCAAUUGCUGAAAAAUUCAGGCUCGCCUUUGUGGAGAGGGACAACCGGCUAGCUCCAAAGCGAGCGAAAAAUGCUCGGCAACAUCAACGUCGCGCGGUGAGAGAUCUGAUGUUGAUGAGCACAAGAGCUAAGGCAAUGAUCUUGGCAUCACAAGCAAACAAGUCUCUUCAUAGCAAAAACUCAUAGAAUUCUGAAAUCACAGUGCACUUUUUCAGCUACCCUUACAAUGUACUAUUAACUUCUUUUGUAUAUAUAUAUAACAAGUUUAUUUUUUUUA